AUGCGGUCGAAGACGUCCUCUCCGCACGAUUAUCAACCUUACGCGGUUGGAAUACGGACGCCGCGAGCGUUACCGGCGGCAGAGCUCGCGAGACCAUUAGUAACAGUCAACGCUGCUCCAAACGAGGGUCAGUUGGUCGAUUUCGGGCACUAUCCGCGGUGCUCCGAAGUCGUGGCCACCCGAGCGGAGGACGCGUUCUUCGGGAGGCUCCAAUUUGUC